AACGAGGUUUCAUCACACUGAGAAAAAAAAUUGUGAUGCGUUUGUGAAGAUUGUGAGGAACCUUAUAUAUUAUAUACUUCCACUUAAAGAUCGGUGUUUUAAUGCUUUUAACAAGUAAACGGAAUGAAGCUGUAGUGAGUGACCGAAUUAAAGAGCUAACGGUUCAUCUCAGUUUGGACUUUGACUGUCUUGGGCCGCCAGUUCAAUGCUGAGUGCUCAACAGAUGCUCUCUCCUCCCUUCCGGAUGGCUGGAGCAGUGAUGGACAGCAUUGUGAUCCUUGACGAUGACGAUGAAGAAGCUUCCACAUCUGCAUCUACGUCCUAUUCUCAUGCUACGAAUGGCCAGCCAAAAAUACCUGUGAAGAACCAGCCGACACACAUCACACAGUCUCCGUUCGCCUCCGCAAAGAAGGACGCGCAUGUCCUGCAGAAGGAGAAUGAGAAACUGUUCGCAGAGUUUGUGGACCAUUGCUCCAAACACUCGCAGGAUCAUCCGGAGGUCAUGACCUACCUGCAGACCAGAUACUCCAAGGCGCUGCCGACCUUCCUGACAUCGGUGGAGUUUCGUAACACUCUUGGCCGCUGCCUUACACGAGCCCAGGCCAAUGCUGGCAAAACCUUCGUCUUCAUCAACGAACUCUGCACCGUUCUUAAACAGCACACCGCUCGGAAGAGGAGCUCCAUACAGGCUGUGCCCUCCCAGACAAAACCUGAGCAAAAGAACAAUGGGACAAAUGUAACGGAGGAGGUGCAGGGUAAAGAAGAGGAGGAAAAGCAAGAGGGCGAUGUGGAAAUGAAGAAAACGAAAAGGGCUUCAAGGAGACAGAUAGCGUACCUGGAAAACCUGUUGAAGGUGUAUAAUGAGGAGAUCCGACGGCUUCAGGAGCGGGAGCUGAGCGUGGAGGAUCUGGAGAAGGAGGACUCCAGUUAUAUUCAGGAGCACAAGCUCAAACGCAAGAUGAUGAAGAUCUAUGAGAAACUGUGUGAGCUGAAGGGCUGCAACAUGCUGACGGGUCGAGUGAUCGAGCAGAAGAUUGCCUACAGUGGAACACGUUACCCAGAGAUCAACAAAAAGAUUGAACGUUACAUUAACAGUCCAGAAGCUCUUUAUAAUCCGCCGGACUACACAGAUAUCCUGAAAGUGGUUCAGCGCGCCAACGAACGCUACAGUCUCCAGCUCACCCGCAAACACAUAACACAAAUCGCUCAAGAAGCCUUCAGAGAGACGGGCAACAAACUACAGGAGAGACGCCAUCUUGACAUGGUCUACAACUUUGGCUCCCACCUCACAGAUUCCUACAAACCUACGUUAGACCCUGCACUCGCUGAUCCAGCACUAAAUCGCAAGCUCCGCUCAAACAGAGACGUGGCCCUCAGCAGCCUGGAGGAGGUGAUCACCAAAUACGCCAACAAACAGGAAGACAUGCAGGAAGAGGAAGUGAGGAAGAAACAAGAGAGAGACAGACAGAAAAAAGAGGCACUUAAUGGGCAUCAGAGCGACAGCAAAGAAAAAGAGAGGGAGGAACAGGAAGAAAAAGAGGAGGAAGAGAAUGAAGAAGAUGAAGAAGAUGAUGAUUCCUCCGAUCCUGACAUUGAAGAGGAGAUCCAAGCCAGUCAAGAACAAGCUGGUCAAGAUGAUGAUGAAGAGGACGUUGAAGAGGAGCAGUUGAACACCAGUGACACUGAUCAGCCGAUGGAUGUGAACUCUCCUUUGUCAAUCAAAUCAUCGGUCCAGGACACCGAGGAGGAUCAGGGCGAGGAGGAUCAGCGGUCUCCAGCCAGCAGCUCAAAUGACGAGGAACCUGUAGAAACGAGCACAAACGGCAGACCUGUGAAACAAAGCCCUCCGUCCACAGAGAGCGUCAGUCAGGCAGAGACCAUGGACUGGUUGCCUAUCAGCAAAACAGAACUGGUUUCCACUAAUCACAUCAAAUCUGUUUCUGAAAGCACCGCUAACUGCACUGAGACUCUCUCAACCAAUAAGGACUCACCGUCAUCCCCCAUGAGAUCAGCCAACUGCAGUCCUCUACCUCCAACAAGCCCUUUACUGAUCGACGAAAUGGGCAACUACAAGAAAAGGAAACGACCCUCGACUAAACACUACAAUGGGAACCGCACACAGGACAGUGAUAUUCCUCUGGAUACGGGUGUGAUCUGCUGCGCUGGGGAAGUAGACUUGACCAGGACGAUGGUCGGACGCUCACGAGCCACACCACCGCCUAAGAAAAAUAAGGUGAAUGUGGCGACUCAGUGUGACCCAGAGGAAGUGAUCGUUCUGUCUGAUUCAGAUUGAGUUCUGCUUGCAUCUCAGUUAGCAUCCUGCUCCAAUAGUGCCUGCCAAUGUGAACAGAGAACAAAAAAUCGUUUUAUUUUGGACUGGUUCAAUCAUGUUUUGAACCUCCACCACUGAGACGCAAUGCCACCUUUUACUUUUUAUAGAAGGGGAAGUGGCGUGCUGUUAUUCAUUCAGGCUUUUAAGAGGUAUUUUGGUCAACUGUAAAUGGGUUUUGCCUCCGAACAUUCUUACUCCACUGGUUUAUCUUGUAUUAUAUUUAUGUUUUUAGUUUGAGGGUUUGGAUGCAAUCCUCGUUUGUGCCAGGAGUCAUGAGGGGAAGUAAUCUUUCCCUCCUCAACUCAAUAAAUGCACUCAUUUUGUGUACUCUUUGACUU